AUGGUCAAAAUUGUAACCAGAGGCGAAUCUAGAAAAAUAAAAGAUCGUGAACGAAAAACUGCCAAACGUAAAGACCAUUUAUUUCAAAAAUCAGAAAUUAAUAAAAACAGGAUCCGUAUAGCUAACCUUCGUAAAAAUGAAGAAUAUGUUCAAACAUCUAAUAUAAUGCGAAAAAAUCACCAAAAACAAAAGAGAAUUGAAUUCUGUAUUCCAAGUUAUCAUUCUGAUUAUUUAGACAUUCCUUC